GCGUAUAUAAAAGUAUGUACACUUUUGGUAAUAUUAUUCCAGUUUUAAUUACUAACUAGAAUUCAUUAAGAUGGCAGCGAAAAUCCUUCUUUGUGUUUUUGCCCAAGUUUUGCUUAUCCAGAGCAUCUCGGCGUACUGUGGUGGCAGCGCAUACAAUGCUGCGUUGAACGCACCAUUCGCCGCCGAUGCCUACGCCACUGAGAGAUAUGCGGCUAACCGCAUCGCUUCCGACCGUUAUGGAGCUGAUCGCCUAGCCGCUGACGCAUACGCUACUGAAAGAUACGCAGCUGACCGCGUCGCUGCUGACCGUUUUGCCGCUGAUGCCUAUGCCACUGAAAGAUUCGCCGCCGCACCAUUCGCUGGAUCCUACGCCACACCUUUCGCUUCACCAAUGGCCGCAUCUUUAGCCUCACCACUAGGUAGUCCAUUUGCGUCCUCUCUCGCCGGACCCUUGGCGGCUUCAUACGGAGAGAUUCCUUUAAAUUACGCAGCCGCCGCUUCUGCCUCCCACGGCGGUGCCCUCCCAGUUGCCAGUUCCUCUCCGAUCCCCCCCAACGGUGUUUCUGUCUUCUCAGAGAACGCCAUUGAAGGUGCCUUAGCCGUGACCGGUCAAUUACCCUUCUUGGGAACAGUUGCUUUGGAAGGUGCUUUGCCCACAGCUGGUUCUGGUGCAGUUAACUUUGGCGCUGGUAACGGCAAUGUUGCUAUCAUGAAUGAGGAUGCCGCAGGCUAUGGUUACGAAUCCAUGGCCUAUGGUUAUGAGCCAAUGGCAUAUGGUUACGGACGUGGACUUGGCUGCGGCUGCCGCUACUAAGUUAUUUGAUAUUCUUGAAGAGGAAUGAUACAAUAAAUGUAUAAUGCAAGA